UUCCUCCAAGGGUGCCCAGCGGGGAGGGCUGGGGAGAGGGGGCUGUGAGAAUUUGCCACCUGCCGCGUGACCUUUGCGGUGUCCAAACAAGCCGGGGCACCGUGGGGGACGGCUGUUUCCUCAUGACCCAUUAAUCAUUGACCACCAGCCCCCAGCCCUAGGUGUAAAGUGCAUGGGAACGUCCAAGCUUGAGCACCUGCUGCCCUGCUCGCCAUGAAGCGGGCCGGCUUCGCGCUGCUGCUGCUCCUGCUGCUGCCUGCAGCCUCUCCCCGAGAAGAUCGGAUCAUUGGGGGUACCGAGUGCCCAGAGUUGGGGCACCCCUGGCUGGUUCUCCUCUACUACUUUGACCAACACUACUGCUCCGGCAUCCUGCUGAACCAGGACUGGGUGCUCACUGCCGCCCACUGCCAGUUGAGUCACAUCCAGGUGCGCCUGGGGGAGCACAGCUGUGGAACGAGCUCGGGACACGAGCAGUUCUCAGCCGCCCAGGCCAUCAUCCCCCACCCCGGGUUCCACGCCCUCACCGCCGGCAGCCGGGACUACGAGAAUGACGUCAUGCUGCUCCGCCUGUCACCCCCGGCCGUCUACACCGACUACGUGCAGCCCCUGGCGCUGACCGACAGCUGCCCCACAGCAGGGACCCUCUGCACCGUGAUGGGAUGGGGCACCAUCACCAGCCCCGCCGAGACGUACCCUGAUGUCCCCCAGUGCGUGGACAUCAACAUUGUUUCCAACACCAUCUGCGAGGUCGCGUACCCCGAGAAAGUGACUGAGAACAUGCUCUGUGCUGGGGUGCUGGAGGGAGGCAAAGACUCCUGCCAGGGCGACUCUGGGGGCCCCCUGGUCUGUAACGGGAAGCUGCAAGGCCUAGUUUCCUGGGGAGAUCACCCUUGCGCCCAGUCCAACAGGCCUGGGGUCUACACCAAUAUCUGCAAAUACCUAGCCUGGAUCCAGGAGACCAUGGAGGAGAACCUGGCCCGCGACGUCCCGCUCUCGAGACACCAGGGGAUCCGGAGCCCCAGGCAGAGGCUGCUGCAGAAAUUUCCCUGGGCUGGAGUCUGGGACGCCGUCCAGCAGCACGGCAGGUCCUGCGACCCCUGCCAGAGGGUGGGGAAGGUCCGGGAUAAGGGUAAAGCAGUCUUCAGGCUCUCGCCCAUCAUAGAGGAGCCUUGUCAGAAGGUGGCCAUGAACAUCGUGGGGCCCUUCAGCAAGGCGACCAGGGCAGGGAAGAAAUACAUCCUGGUGGGGGUGGAUUUCGCUACGUGCUACCCCGAGGCGGUGGCUCUGUCCUCUAUCGAGGCAGACACCGUGGCAGAUGCGCUGCUGACCAUUUUCAGCAGAGUGGGGUUCCCUAAAGAGGUCCUUACAGACCAGAGGUCCAACUUCAUGUCAACCCCGCUCCAGUGUGGCGUCCAGCAGACCUGGACCUCGGCGUAUCACCCUCAGUCCAACGGGCUGGAGGAGAGGUUCAAUGGGACUCUAAAGAUGAUGCUAAAAACCUUUAUGAACCAGCACUCACAGGACUGGGACAAGAAGAACAAGCUGCAACCUGCCUGGGAUGGCCCAUUCAAGGUCAUCAGGCAGUUAAACGAGGUGAACUAUGUGGUGAAACCGUCCAACCGGGCACACCGUCACCGGGUGCACCAUGUCAACCUGACGGAGCUGUACUGUGGAAGGGAGAGGCUGAUGCUGGUUGUGUGUGGUGCUGCAGUGUCUGCCCAGGACGACGGGGGCCGGAUCAUCGGUGGGUUCACGUGUACCCCCUACUCCCAGCCCUGGCAGGCCUACGUCUACGGCCCGCUGCAGUGCGGGGGCAUCCUGGUCGACAGGAGCUGGGUGCUCUCUGCCGCCCAUUGCUACAGACCCGGCCUGCGGGUGCGGCUCGGGGAGCAGAACCUGGCGGUGCAGGAGGGGCCGGAGCAGGACCGAGUCGUGGCUAGCGCCAUCCUGCAUCCCAACUACAACCGCUUCACCCUGGACAGCGACCUCAUGCUGCUCAAGCUGGCGCGACCGGUCAACGUCGGCCGGACCGUCCGCCCUGUCACGUUGCCCUCGGCCUGUGCGACCACCGGGACCACCUGCCUUGUCUCAGGCUGGGGCACUGUCACCAGCCCCCAAGCCACGUUCCCCAACCUCCUGCAGUGCGGAUACGUCCAGAUCGUCUCAGCCCAGAGCUGUCGGGCUUCCUACCCCGGCCGGGUCACCAACAACAUGGUGUGCGCAGGAGGCAUGGGUGGGGGCAUCGACUCCUGCCAGGGUGACUCCGGAGGUCCCCUGCUGUGCACUGGGCAACUCCAAGGCAUCGUGUCCUGGGGGCUGCAAACCUGCGCCCAGCCCAACAGGCCCGGCGUCUACACCAAAGUCUGCAACUAUGUCGGAUGGAUCCGCAGAACCAUCCAGCUGAACUGA